AAAAAUGAUUCCAUCCCAAGAAUCACAGUGGAAACUCUCUGUAAAAUCCUGGAUGGACGCUACAAAGAAUUCUAUGAUAGCAUUGUUGUUGUGGAUUGUCGUUUUGAAUACGAAUAUAAAGGUGGACAUAUCAAUGGCUCUGUAAACGUUUCGUCACAACAGGAACUAGAGGACAAAUUUCUCCAUAACAGGCCUGAUAACGGUAAGAAUCGGUUGAUUGUCUUCCAUUGUGAGUUCAGUUCAUAUAGAGGACCUCUUAUGGCCAGCCAUCUUAGAACCUGUGACAGAAACAUGAACCAGGACAGAUAUCCUCACUUGGACUACCCAGAUAUUGUAAUCCUUGAAGGUGGAUACAAGUCUUUCUUUGAUCUUCAACCAGCCAGAUGUUUCCCUCAAAAAUAUGUGGAGAUGAACGACGACAAGCACAAG